AUGGCGCCGAAGAAGCUCACCGACUGCCCGGAAAAUCUCCGGGAGGCCAUCGACUGGUUGAUCCAGGUUAGGCAUGGGAAUGACAAUGGGCUUGAUCAUUUGUCCAAAGCUGUGAAAAAGUUGAUUGAUGAGGCUAUUGAGAAGGCGUAUACCACUAAUGUAAGUGCGCUUCUUAAGGCUCUUGAUUCCGCCAAGUCGUACAAAUGUUGUAAGGAUAAAGUGGCUCAAAUUGAGAAGCUUAAGGAACUUAAAAGUUUUGAAAACGGCCCUUUUAAUGACCUUAAAACUAGGUGUGAGAUCAUAAAAAAUUGCACUAAAAGGCACUUAGAUUCUUCUCAACAGAAAGCCUACGAGGAGAUUCAGUCCAAGUUGGAGCAGCUUAAAAGUCUUAAAGAGAGUCUUACUGGAUUGACUGAUGAAGAAGAAUGCAAAAAACUCUUAACCAACCUUUGUGAUGGCGUUGAGACUUUUCUUGGUUUUGAUUCUAAUUCCAAAGGCUACACUGGUCAGGGAAUUGUCUACUCUGACUUGGAUAGACUGUGUGAUGCAGCGAUGGCGUUCUUGCACGGGGUGUUGGGGAGUGUGAAAGAUGAUAAUGCGGUGACAACUUAUGAUAAUUACAUCCUUGAUGAAUCUAAAAGGCUAAAUAAAGUACUGGAAAAAUUACAAUCUCAAAUUGGAAAAGGCAGUGCUGGGCUAGUGGAGUCUGUCACGCAGGUGACGGAGUGGUUGGAAGGGUAUGAGAGGGAGGUGAAAUUGAAGUCCGAUAAAGAGAAAGAUCUAAUCAUAAAUCUAGAAAACCAGGUCGAAGAACAUAAGAAGUUCAUUGAACAAGAAAAGGACAAAGGUCUAACUACUCAGAUGGAAUAUUGGACUAAGCGUGCUGGAUGGUAUCUUGAGAAGGUCUCCAAGGCCAAUAAGGUUUUGGAAAGUUUUGACAGCAAGCUAAGAGAUAAGUUACGACGCCCCAUUGACAUGCUGCUGCAGGCUGUGAAAAGGUUUCAGGAAGAGGCUGCUAAUGGAGAUGUGCAAGAGAUCUCCAAACUGACCGAUAAGAAGCUAUCUACCUUAAAGGAGUAUCUCGGCGAUAGAUUCAAUGCGAGAAUUCAGGGAAUCAAAACAUAUUUGAAACGUCAUAUCGGUGAUUUGCACAAACGGCUUAUGAAGCUUAAUGCAGAAUCAUUAGGGUUAUUAAAAAAUGCUAUAAAUGAUGAUCUUCAAGAAGCUUUUAACACGGUUCAGAGAUUGAUAAGACGAAUCAUAGGGAAGUAUCAAAGUAAUAUUGUUGAACAAAUCAAAGCUAUUUUGAAUGAGGCAGAGGCGCUUACAAGUGAGAUUCGAAUAGAGAAACAGAAACUUAAUGAGGCUGUGAGUGGUUUGGAGGAUCGGAUGGGUAAGCUGAAAGGGCUCAAGAACGCAAUGAUGGUACCGAAUAACUUGGAUGAAUAUGAUAAAAGUGAUGACAAAAACAAGUGGAAUUUGCAAACAUUAAUCAAAGCUCUUAAAGAGGAAAUUAAUAGGAAGUUGGCAAGCGCUAUUGAGGAUUUGUGGACGGAUUUGCAACAAGGUUUGUUGAAGGCGUAUGGUAUCAGCGGAGUUGCUAAUCCAGAGCUUCCCGGUCUUCAGGCAUUGCUAGGUAGUGAACUGAAGAAGUUGCAAAACGUUGGAGUGUGGAUUCAUGCGGGCACGGUUGACAAACACGAUAUUGGCAAUCAUCUAGAAGAGGUUUUGAUCAAUCUGAAGCGUGCCUCCAGUAAUUGGGCUAAAAUACAACCGGGAAAAGUAGGCCUAGAAAUGCUUACCGCCAUCAUCAACGACAUAGGCAGUAAAACUGUGGAAGGCGGCAAAAUACAACUGGGUGCACUCUGUAAUGCUGCCGCCAUUAGUGGUGUAACACAUCUUCAGGAUGAGGUAACUAAGGUGGUUGACGGUCCGCUUACAGAUAAUAAAACACCGCUUACCCAAAUAAAGAAUGCGCUAGUGUCGCUUCAAACAAAGGACGAAUUACGGUUAGAUACAAGUGCCAAUGGAGGUCAUUCGGAGGUUCACAAGAAAUCUAAAGACAUUCACGAUAAGAUUCAAAACUUUUUGACAUACAACGUUGGCGAAAGCGACGUUGUAGAAGGCAGUGUCUACAAGGAUCUGAAGGAACUGCAGGAAAGUAUCGAUGCGCUUGGAGUUAAGGUAAUAAACGUUGGAGAGAAGGUUUCAGUAGUUUCUAAUGAGUUGACCUCGUGCAUUAAAGAUUCUAAUCAGCUUCUGCGGGUCGUCCCCAAAGCAACUGAAAUUCUCAUAAAUAAACUUCGUGAUGAACUUAACGAAAAUAUAAGUGAAUCCUUCUACGAACUCCGACAACAAGCCGAAGACCUCUACACCAGAAGAAAGCAAAAAGAGGUUGCCGCCCUGAAAAAAUCUGUGAAGGACCAAUUCACUGAGAUUGAUAAAAUUAUGGAGGCUGACAGUAUUUUAUCAGUUAAAGGAUUUCUUAAAAUACUUAAGCAAACUAUUGUCAGUGAGGUUUUAAAUAUAAAAUGUUCCACACGAUCCACACUCGAUGAGGGGGCUAAAAUUCUAAAUAUAGGGUUCGCGUCCUUCUUUAAAGAAUUGCAGAGACAAGGAGAUCUAUUAAUUCUUAACAGCCGUAUAUUUAUGCCACUUUCUGACAAACUGGAGACGUUGCUUAAUACUCUUACCUACUAUAAUCAUUCGUUUAGAAUAAAUUUAGAUAAUGUAAGAACAGACCUUACAACAAUCAAUUUUUCCUUAUAUUACAGCAGUGCUAAGACCAUAUCGACAGUUAUCAAACGAGGCCUCUCCGAAUUCGCCGAGCAACUCGGCCACGCGUACGUGAGCAGGUACUCGGGUAAACAAUUCAACGGGGCUUUGUUGAAGGACAAAGAUGUCAAAUCCGGUGAAAAACAAACGACACCACCUGAAAAGGAAUUAACCCCUGAGGGCCGCAACUGCGCCAAGGUCUGCCUGACGAUAGUAAAGAUGGUGUAUUGUGACCUUGGGAGGUUAACACGAAAGUGCAAAAAAGAUUGGAAGAUAUUCCAAAUCCAUAGAGGUGCACAAAAAGUUAAAUCGGAAAUCCCAAAUCCUUUGGGUCACUUCCUUGAGAGGUGCGGUUACAGGGUGUCGGAUUCUGCUGCAAGUCAAAAUGGACAUUUGAGAAAUCAGAAAGAUUUCACAGGUCAGAAAGUGUAUGAUUGCUUAGCAAGUAACGAUUAUGAACAUGUUUAUAACACCGAUGAAGACUUUGAAUAUCCACUGCAAAAACUCUACCACUGCCUCCAGAACUACUACGUCGUCGGCCACUAUGCCUCCUCAUUCGCCAAAAAGCAACCAUGUUCCGUGUUCGAAAUGCUUUGCUGGAUGUGCGGAUUACAGUAUAAUUCUGUUCAAUCGGAUCUACUACACAGCAUUAGCGAGAUGCUAGAGGAGCCAGCUACGCCAGUAGGUGGCGACGGUGACCUUGUCACCUUUGACUUGCAAUCCUUCUACAUUAACACGUAUCCUAAUAAAGCAACGUGUAAGCAGUUAGACGAGGUCAUUAAUCACAUUAUGUCAAAAUCUGCCUCCAUCCUCACCACCGUGCUUGGCUACGGCGACGAGCACACCACGUACGCCUGUGACUUCUAUGACAACUCAUUGAAAUUGUACUACCCCAAGAGUGGUGAGGAGUGCUUAGAUAUGUUGCUGGACAUUUUGCGCCGGAUGUUCGCGCCGCUCAGAUUUCUGUUUAUGCAGUGCCGACUUGACCAAUCGCAUUACGGCUGGGCCGACUGCUACUACGGAAAACAAGUCUAUCCGUUGAAUUGGCAGUGCAAGGACCACGAGGCUGAGGAGGCCAAUUGCCGUCUCAGGUCAGCGCUACAGUCGUAUCUAUCCGACUGUCUUGUCGGGUGUAUGCCUCACCAGCUCAGUGCCAUCGGCUGCAAAGCGACAUGUAUCACGUGCCCCAAGGGACAACCUGGGAUGGCAUGUCUAACGCCACUCGGUUUCAGAGGGUUUUCGGGAUCCAAUCGCAAGGGUGAGGACAUAAGCAACGUGCUGGGCAACUUGUUCAGUAACCCAUUGGUUGCAUCGCUGUUUGCACUUGCACCCAAAGCGCCGAGUACGUUGCCGGAACACUACCAGUUUGCGUUAUCGCUUGUUAAUGACUGGCGGAACCCUCGUAGUCAUCCAAUUGAAGACGGCAUUACCGCUGCCAUCGACGACCGUUCCAUUAGCCUCUACGAUAACCCCAGCCAGCUGACCAACGCGCUGCGUCAUGCCUAUGGCAGCAGCCAGGCUAGUCACGAUGUAGAUAAGCAUCCAAAGCCAAUUGGUGCAGGACAAACUGAAGAUAAGAAAUACGGUGACCUCUGUAGUCUCGCAAUGUCUAUCGCAUGUUCCGACCAAAAUUCCCAGUGUGCCCCGUACCUGUAUGCCUUAUUCGCCGAUCAAUACACUUACCUUGCCAGCAAGCAAUGUAAAACGUACUUGUCGUGGGCAGUUUAUCUGCCAUGGACGCUGUGGAAUUAUCUCAAUUCCUUGUACAAUUCGUUCAAGGACAUCUACUGCCAAGAUUGGGGAUGUCGUUCCUGUCUGCGUGCCGACAGGUGUAGGCGUGGUCAACAUGGUCUCGUUAACGAUAAGACAAAAGCGCCGAAUUGCCACUGCUCCAGUAUCGUAGAGUGCAAGGGUGCCAUGCCUACGUUGUAUAAGUACGGUUUUACGUUUGGUGCGCCAGCAGCGUUGAAUGGGCAAAGCGGCAAGAAGACGUGUAGCAAUUUCAUGGAGCAGUUGAACAACGUGCUACAGUCCACGUAUUUCCAGACGUUGUUCCGAGAGUGCGACAAUUUCUUGUGGAAAAUAAGAGAGCCAUUCACAUGGACAGUUGUCGCCCUCUGGCUCCUCUCUUUGUUGUACCUCCUCCACAUCAUGGUUAUCCGCCUAGACCUGCUCCACAUCAAAUCGCAUCUACAUAGUCCCUCGAGUCAUAGGAUAGCCGCUCAGUCACUCCUCGCCGCCGCACGUGUCGGCAGGCUUGCCAAGAUAUCGUACCUGCAAGCCUAA